GGGGUCUGGGAUCCGAACCCCGCGAUCGCGGCCCGCAGCGCGACCGUGAGAGAAAGUUGACCGGCGGGGCGGCUUGCUCCGCGUCCGGCCCGCGCGAGGCAGAGGUGUUUGUCUGUCCGUCCGCGCUCCGUGAUAGCCCGGGUGGGAGAUCCAGCCGCACUGCCGGGUCGCGUGGGUCAGGGCUCUUGCCCCACCCUUCCACGGGGACACGAAGUGCUAGAUCCUUAAGUGAAGUUUUGGGGGUACACAGCAAGUUGUGAAGGCCACGAGACAGUUCUGCCUUUCGCCACCACCUCGAGGUUAAAAAAUAAAUCAUGACUGAAUCUGCAUCUAGUACAAGUGGUCAGGAGUUUGAUGUGUUCAGUGUCAUGGACUGGAAGGAUGGAGUUGGUACCUUGCCAGGGAGUGACUUAAAGUUUAGGGUGAAUGAGUUCGGAGCUUUGGAAGUUAUCACAGAUGACAGUGAGAUGGACAGUGUCAAGAAAGCAACUGCCACCACCACGUGGAUGGUCCCAACUGCUCAGGAGGCCCCGACCUCCCCCCCGAGCUCCAGGCCCGUAUUUCCACCUGCCUACUGGACAUCUCCACCUGGAUGUCCCACAGUCUUUUCAGAGAAGACUGGGGUACCAUUCAGGUUGAAGGAUCAGUCAAAAGUAGAUGGGCUUCAGUUUUGUGAGAACUGCUGUCAGUACGGUAAUGGAGAUGAUUGUGUUUCUGGAGGAAACUAUUGCAGCCAGAAUUGUGCUCGGCGUGUCAAAGACAAAGAUCAGAAGGAAGAAAGAGAUGGAGUUGAAGACAAUGAGGAUGAGGAUCCUAAGUGUAGCCGGAAGAAAAAACCAAAAUUAUCUCUGAAAGCUGACUCCAAGGAGGAUGCAGAAGACAGAGAUGAUGAAAUGGAGAACAAACAAGAUGGAAGGAUCCUCAGGGGUUCCCAGCGAGCCAGAAGGAAAAGACGUGGAGACUCAACUGUCUUAAAGCAGGGUUUGCCUCCUAAAGGCAAGAAAACCUGGUGCUGGGCUUCCUACCUAGAGGAGGAGAAAGCUGUGGCAGUGCCUGCAAAACUGUUCAAAGAGCACCAGUCCUUUCCAUACAACAAAAAUGGAUUCAAAGUCGGAAUGAAGCUGGAAGGUGUAGACCCGGAGCACCAGUCUGUCUACUGUGUCCUCACCGUGGCCGAGGUUUGUGGAUAUCGGAUAAAGCUUCACUUUGAUGGAUAUUCUGAUUGCUAUGACUUCUGGGUAAAUGCAGAUGCUCUGGACAUCCACCCAGUCGGGUGGUGUGAGAAAACGGGUCAUAAACUCCAGCCUCCAAAAGGGCAUAAAGAAGAAGAAUUUAAUUGGCAGUCCUACCUUAAGACGUGCAAAGCCCAGGCUGCUCCCAAGUCAUUAUUUGAAAACCAGAACAUAACAGCGAUCCCAUCAGGCUUUCGAGUUGGAAUGAAGCUUGAGGCUGUAGACAAAAAGAACCCUUCCUUCAUCUGCGUUGCUACGGUAACAGAUAUGGUGGACAACCGUUUCCUGGUACAUUUUGACAACUGGGAUGAGAGCUAUGACUAUUGGUGUGAAUCAUCCAGUCCACACAUCCAUCCCGUUGGUUGGUGUAAAGAACAUAGAAGAACCCUUAUUACUCCACCAGGUUAUUCACACGUGAAACACUUUUCUUGGGAUAAAUAUUUAGAAGAAACCAAUUCUUUACCUGCUCCUGCAAGAGCUUUCAAAGUGAAACCUCCACAUGGGUUCCAGAAAAAAAUGAAGCUUGAAGCUGUAGACAAAAGAAAUCCCUUGUUUAUCAGAGUAGCAACUGUAGCGGAUACAGAUGAUCACCGGAUCAAGGUUCAUUUUGAUGGCUGGAGCAGUUGCUAUGACUACUGGAUAGAUGCAGACUCUCCAGAUAUUCACCCUGUAGGCUGGUGUUCCAAAACUGGACACCCUCUUCAAGCUCCACUAAGUCCUGCAGAAUUAAUGGAGCCAUCAGAAACCGGGGGAUGUCCAACUCUAGGCUGCAAGGGGAUUGGUCACUUUAAAAAAUCGAGAUACCUGGGCACUCAGAGUGGUGCCAACUGCCCCUAUUCAGAAAUCAACUUGAAUAAAGACCGAAUUUUUCCAGACCGCCUAAGUGGUGAGAUGCCGCCAUCUAGUCCAUCGUUUCCGAGAAGUAAAAGGACAGAUACAAGUGAAAGCUCAUCGUCUGCUGAAACCAGGGAACAUCGUGCUGGUGACGUCAAAGAAGACUCUGCAGAGAAAAGAGAAAAUCAAGUGAGGACAUCAGCUGAAGCCAAAGUUGUUCGGGAGGAGCCUACCCACACUAUACAACAGGCUCAGCAGGUACAGCAGGCUCAACCAGUACAGCAAGUACAGCAGGCUCAGCCUGCCCAGCAGCCUCCACAAGCACAGCUGCCUCAGCAGACACUGAAGGCUCAACAGACCCAGCAGCCUCAGCAGGCCCAGCCUCCUCAGCAGCUUCAACAGGCUCAACCGACUCUACAGCCUCAGCAGGCCCAGCUGCCUCAACAGACUCCGCAAGCUCAGCAGACCCCGCAGGCCCAGCAGCCUCAGCCCACUCCUCAGGCCCAGCAGGCCCAGCAGGCUCAGCGGAGGUCAGCUGUCUUUCUCUCCUUUAAGCCCCCAAUUCCUUGCCUGCCCUUGCGCUGGGAGCAGCAAAGCAAGCUUCUUCCGACCGUUGCUGGAAUCCCUGCCAGUAGAGUUUCCAAGUGGAGCACAGAUGAGGUGUCAGAAUUCAUUCAGAGCUUGCCUGGGUGUGAAGAACACGGAAAGGUGUUUAAGGAUGAACAAAUUGAUGGAGAAGCGUUUUUGCUCAUGACCCAAACAGACAUUGUGAAAAUUAUGAGCAUUAAGCUGGGCCCAGCUCUCAAAAUUUUCAAUUCUAUCCUGAUGUUUAAAGCGGCAGAGAAGAAUUCCCACAAUGAACUGUGAAGAUGUUGAAUUUGGGUACCAUCAGCUUCCGCUUUAAUGCUCAUCACGUUUAUUCAAAGCACAAGGAUGGUUCUAGCUCCUGAGAGAGAAGUCUCCAGGACUCACAAGAGCAGCACUAUGUAUGGGAUUCCAUCCGUCCCUCCAGACUGCAUAUGCAUUCUUAGGAAAGGCCUGGGCUGUCCAGCGCUGUCCAGCAACGGUCAUCUUUCAGUUCUGCUCACUGAGCUAAACUUACCUUUGUAAAUCUUUUGGAGGUGGGAGGAGGGUGGGGAAAGGGGGGCUUCAUUAUUUAUGGAUGGGGGGGCAAAAUAAGAACUUUUGGCAUUUUGUAAACAUUGUUGGAUUCUCUUUCAUGUACACUUUCUGUUUUUCAAUACUUUCAGAAACCUUUUUAUAUAACUGAAUUUCAACCAAAACCAAAUCCGUUGAAACCUGGCUGAGUUUAGCCUGGGACUCCUGUCAGUCGUGUUCGCCCUGUGCCAUAUUUGGAAUUGCAGCAUUAGCCAAGUGUAACUCUGCGAGUCACAAUAUUGCCUAACUGUGUGUCAUCCUUUGUUGGGACUGAAAAACUGUAAAUACUACCUUUCUUUGAAUCCGUGUUUUUACUUUUGCACGCAUUAUGAAUUGUUAAACAAAUUGCUUUUCACCAGCAUCUUUACUGUUAUUACCAAAAAAAAAAAAAAAUGUAUAUAAAAGAACAGAAAUUGUGAAAUAAAAUAUAUAAACCUA